AUGGCACAUGUGGGGCACCGGGUGGAUUACCUGGCCGGCUUCUGCUGCCCGGUGGGGGGGCUGGUGGCGGGCAAGCCCCGGGUGCUGUGCCACGAGAACGAGAUCUACCUCUCCAACGGCAGCGAGUUUGUCUACGUGUACGACCAGGAGGGGAAGGUGCUGAAGGCUGUGUACCGGUGCCCUGACCAGGUGUGGCAUGUGGAGCUAUUGCCCCAGCCCCGGCAGCUCUACAUCCUCUGCGCCCACAGCGGCAUUUACUGUGUCUCCCUCGACCAGCAGAGCAGGUUAAUGGAGCAGACGGAUGGCGACGGCCAAGAAAGCAAUUGCCCAUCCGGCGUCUUCCCCGUGGACUCAGAUGCCUGCAUCUUCCCAGACUCCAGCCUGUCCAUGUUCACUCUGCUCAACAACUUUGUCAUAACCCUGUCCCAGGCUCAUGGCAAAUGGUGGAUGAAGCUUCAUGAGCUUCCUCGCCCUGAGCAGGAGAGUCCUCCAUACCGGCAGAUCAGUGAGGUGGGCUUCUGCCCGGGCCCUCAGCCUGGGGAUGACGGGGAUGGGCCACCCUCCUGCUUCCUGCCUGUCCUCUGCUGCGCCUCCUCCCCAGGCACUGUGGGGACCGAGGAGGGGCUGUGGUGCUCAGGAGGCUUUGUGCUGGAAGAGCCUCUCUUCAGCCUGCUCUUUGGGAUCGAUGCUGCCAUGCUGGAGUCUCCUAUGAUCCUCUGCGGCUUCCCGGAUGGACAGCUCUGCUCCGUGCCACUGAAAGCCCUCAGCUCUUCACCGGCUGUCGACGGCUGCCAUGACGUUUCAAACCAAGACCCUCCCGUGAAGAUCCUCCAUCACUUGGAAGAGCCCAUCGUCUUCAUCGGGGCCUUGAGAACGGAGCGGAGGGCAGCCGAGGAUGCCGAGGAUGAGCAGCUCUUUGGAGACACUGGCUGUGACUGUGUGGUGGCCGUGGGCCACUACGGGAAGAUGGUGGCCGUCAAGGCAGAUCAGAGGGAGGAGGCAACAGUGCCGGAGCUCAGGGAGUACUACUUGCGUGGGCCCAUCCUGUGUGCGGCCUGUGGCAGCGGCAGCCGCAUGUACUACAGCACGCACUCGGACAUCUCCGCCGUCGACCUGGACUGGGGCGGAGACUCCUCCGACCCCGAGGAUGCCGAGAGCUGCACCGGCGUCCUGCCUCCCGUCCUCUCCCCGGCCAGUUUAAGUAUCUGUAGCGUUGUGGCUCUUUCCUUGUCUUCUCGGGCAUCAGAAGGUGAAUCAGAGCUGCUGGCCUUGUCGGCCAAAGGCCGCCUCAUGUCCUGUGGCUUAUGCAGCCCAGAGGACACCGACGCGGAGCUGACGCCCGCUGAGGCUGGACGGAGGAUUAAGGAGCUGCUGUCCGGGAUAGGCAACACCUCAGAGAGAGUUUCCUUCCUGAAGAAGGCAGUGGACCAGAAGAACCGAGCCCUGGCCAGUCUGAACCAGGUGAUGAAUGUGAGUGCAGCUUUGCUGUCCAGCCAAGAGGGCCAGAAGCCCAUUGCUUGCACUGUCACUGCCAACUGGAGCUGCCUCCUGCUCCAAGAUACUGUCACCAUCUCCUGUCUGCUGGAGAACUGCAGCGAGUACAGCCUGGAGGAGGGAUGGACCCUCUGUGUUCAGCUCCUGGCCGGCCCCUGUGCCUUAGAGGAGGACUCUGUGGAUUCAGCCACCACUUUCACCUUCCCCAUUGACCAGCUUCUCCCUGGGAACAAGAGGGAGCUAACACUGCCCCUCGGCUCCUCUGCGGAUACCAAGCUGGACCUGCCUCUGACCAUCUCCUGUGCCCUCUACUACAGUUUAAGAGAUAUUCUGGGCAGUGGCUCUGACUCCUCUGAGGCCCUGGAUGAUCUCCUGCCUGACGACUCACCCAUCCUCUCCCCAGACAGAGAGGGGAUCUGCCUGCCCCUCAGCGAAUGCACCAUUGACAUGCUCCAGUGCCUCCGUUUUGAGAGCAGCACCCCCAGGCCAGAUGCUUCACCACAGGCAGCUGCUCCCCCAACUCCCCCAGACCCUGUGGAGACCUUUCUCCAAGUGUCCCAGGAGCAGACUGAGACUGAGGAGAGAAAAGCCCCUGGAGAGGGGAACCUGCCACCCUCAGCAGCAUCCAUCAGGGUGUCCUCAGAGCUGCUGAAAAAUGCGCUGAAAAGUUCCAGCUCAGAUGUCCCGCUGAGCUGUGCCAUGCUGCACUGGCUGCUGGCUGAGAACCCUGGAGCUCAGGAGCUGGGCACUGGGGAGGUGGCAUCGGUGCGCGGCACAGCACCAGACGGAGGCGAGGUUCAGCUGCUUGUCCGAGAGGUGGCCAUGAAUGACCUUAGCCCUGCAGGCCCCAUCCAGGCUGUGGAGAUCCUGAUGGAGAGCCCAUCCCUGGCCCACAUGUGCAGGAUGCACCACGCUGUCAUCCGCCGCAUCCAGACACUGGUGCUGGAGCAGGCAGCACAGGGCUCAGGACCCCCUGACCUCCGCAUGCAGUAUCUGCGCCAAAUCCAAGCCAACCAUGAGAUGCUGCUCAAGGAGGCACAGACCCUGCGUGACCAACCGGCCCUCGGCGAGGAGGGACCUGCCACGGCUGAGAAGCUCCUGAACAUCUACAGGCAGCUGCGCAACCCCAGCCUGGUUCUGCUGUGA